UCUUUUGGCUCUUCUCUGUUUCUCUUUAUCUCUCUUGCGCUCUCAGAUUUUCCCAGAAAAUAAGAGAGAGAAAGCGAAAGCAGGUUUAAAGUUAGCGUAGGAAUUUUCCUCCUUGGAUUCUCAGAAUCUAGGGCAUUGAAACUUUUUCGAGAAAAUUUCACCGUGUCGGUGUUGGAUCUGGGGAAAAUUUGGAUUAGAAAGAAGUUGAAGGGAAGAAGAAGUGUGUGUUCGUGAGGAGUUUGGUCUCGUGAUCCAAAUCAGGUUUUCGCUUGGGUAAUGCGGCUGAGUUUUUCGUGAGAAUUUUGACGUUUUUCUGAUCAGCUUUCGCGUUUUUUUGCCUGCAAGAAGAGCAAGAAGAUGAACUCAGAUCGCCAGAAGAAGAUCAAAGACAUGGAAUUUUUCACCGAGUAUGGGGAUGCCAAUAGAUAUAAGAUUCUAGAAGUUGUAGGAAAGGGGAGUUAUGGAGUUGUCUGUGCAGCUAUAGACACGCAUACUGGAGAAAAGGUUGCUAUAAAGAAAAUAAACGACGUAUUUGAGCAUCUCUCAGAUGCUAUCAGAAUUUUGCGCGAAGUCAAGUUGCUCAGGCUUUUACGGCAUCCUGAUAUUGUUGAGAUCAAGCGCAUCAUGUUGCCUCCUUCAAAGAGGGAAUUCAGGGAUAUUUUUGUUGUUUUUGAGCUGAUGGAGUCUGAUCUUCACCAAGUUAUCAAAGCUAAUGAUGAUUUGACACGCGAACAUCAUCAGUUUUUUCUCUAUCAGAUGCUGCGCGCAUUGAAAUAUAUGCAUACAGCAAAUGUGUAUCAUCGAGAUCUUAAGCCGAAAAACAUUUUGGCAAAUGCAAAUUGCAAACUUAAAGUUUGUGACUUUGGGCUAGCAAGAGUUGCAUUUAGUGACACGCCUACCACUAUCUUUUGGACAGACUACGUUGCCACGAGAUGGUAUAGAGCUCCAGAGCUUUGUGGUUCAUUUUUCUCAAAGUAUACUCCAGCAAUAGACAUUUGGAGCAUCGGUUGCAUUUUCGCUGAAGUGUUGACAGGGAAGCCGCUAUUUCCUGGUAAAAGUGUUGUUCAUCAGUUAGAUUUGAUCACUGAUCUUCUGGGGACACCUUCGUCAGAAACCAUUUCAGGAGUUCGAAACGAGAAGGCAAGGAGAUACUUGACAGAAAUGCGGAAAAAGCCUCCUGUUCCAUUUGCACAGAAAUUUCCAAAUGCGGACCCUUCAGCUCUUAGACUAUUGCAAAGACUUUUAGCUUUUGAUCCAAAGGACCGGCCUACUGCUGGGGAGGCACUGGCCGAUCCUUACUUUAAAGGCCUGGCUAAGGUUGAGAGAGAACCUUCUUGUCAGCCCAUCUCGAAGCUUGAGUUUGAGUUUGAGAGGAGAAGAGUCACAAAGGAGGAUAUUAGGGAACUAAUAUACCGGGAGAUUCUGGAAUACCAUCCGCAACUACUCAAAGACUACCUGAAUGGAUCCGAGGGCACAAACUUUUUGUAUCCCAGUGCUAUAGGUCAGUUUAGAAAGCAGUUUGCUUACCUUGAGGAAAAUGGCGGUAAAAGUGGACCAGUUAUUCCUCCAGACAGGAAGCAUGCCUCCCACUCCCUCCCACGGUCUACAGUCCAUACAAGUACGGUUCCUCCUAGUGAACAGCCUAUUAUGGCUUCAUACGACAAUCGACGUAUGACAGCACAUACUUCUAACAAUAUGGGAGUAACAGAUACGAAUUCUAGAAAUUCAUCAAAAUUUUUACAGCCACCACCACGGGUUCCAGCAGCUAAACCAGGGAGAGUUGUUGGACCAGUUCUACCUUAUGAGAAUGGCAGAAACACAAAAGAAACCUAUGAUCCGAGGAUGAGAAAUGGAAUCCUUCCGCAGGCCGUCUCUCCACACUGCUUCUUCCGGACGCACACUACAAAUCAAGAGAAGUCUGGUUUGGAGACUUCACAACUCAAACCACAGUCCCAGACCGAACAAUUGAAUGUGGCAGGAAAACAAUCUCCGUCCAUGGUCAUUGACGUGAAUACCAACCCAUAUUACCGGCAGCAACAGAAGGUCGAUCAGUUGUCUGCCAUCGACGCAAAACUGCUGCAAGCUCAAUCGCAGUUUGGCGCUGUAGGUGCAGCGGCUGUAGCAGUAGCUGCUCAUAGGAACUAAGGAGAAGAGAGUAUUAGGUAUGCAUCGUCUUAGGUUGGUUAACAUGGGGCUUGCUGAUAGGUACGUGGGGCUUGCCCAGUAGAUUUGUGUACGUGAUGAUCCUUUGGAAAUUGGGUUCUCCUCUUGGGGAAGAGAGGUUUCAUCCCACGUUCUGAUUAAUGUCCCCUUUGUAAUUAUUCAUACGGAUUAUUGAUUUUUUAAUAAAAAUUAUUGUUU